AUGGACGUGGACGUGGACGUGGACGUGGACGUGGACAUGGACGUGGACGUGGACAUGGACAUGGACGUGGACGUGGACGUGGACAUGGACGUGGACGUGGACGUGGACGUGGACGUGGACGUGGACGUGGACAUGGACGUGGACAUGGACGUGGACAUGGACGUGGACGUGGACGUGGACGUGGACGUGGACAUGGACGUGGACGUGGACAUGGACGUGGACAUGGACGUGGACGUGGACGUGGACGUGGACGUGGACGUGGACGUGGACGUGGACGUGGACGUGGACGAGGACGUGGACAUGGACGUGGACGUGGAUGUGGACGUGGACGUAGACGUGGACGUGGACGUGGACGUGGACGUGGACAUGGACGUGGACAUGGACGUGGACUUGGACGUGGACGUGGACGUGGACGUGGACAUGGACGUGGACGUGGACAUGGACGUGGACGUGGACGUGGACGUGGACGUAGAAAUGGACGUGGACGUGGACGUGGACGUGGACGUGGACGUAGAAGUGAACGUGGACGUGGACAUGGACGUGGACUUGGACAUGGACGUGGACGUGGACAAGGACGUGGACAUGGACGUGGACAUGGACGUGGACGUGGACGUGGACGUGGACAUGGACGUGGACGUGGACAUGGACGUGGACGUGGAUGUGGACGUGGACGUGGACAUGGACGUGGACGUGGACGUGGACAUGGACGUGGACGUGGACGUGGACGUGGACGUGGACGUGGACGUGGACGUGGACGUGGACGUGGACGUGGACGUGGACGUGGACGACGUGGACGUGGAGGACGUGGACAUGGACGUGGAGGACGUGGACGAGGACGUGGAGGACGUGGACGUGGACGUGGACGUGGACGUGGACGUGGACGUGGAAGUGGACGUGGACGUGGACGUGGACCUGGACCUGGACCUGGACGUGGAACUGGACGUGGACGUGGACGUGGACGUGGACGUGGAAGUGGACGUGGACAUGGACGUGGACCUGGACGUGGACCUGGACGUGGACAUGGACGUGGACAUGGACGUGGACAUGGACGUGGACGUGGACGUGGACGUGGACGUAGACAUGGACGUGGACGUGGACAUGCACAUGGACAUGGACGUGGACGUGGACGUCGACAUGGACGUGGACAUGGACAUGGACAUGGACGUGGACGUGGACGUGGACAUGGACGUAGAAAUGGACGUGGACGUGGACGUGGACGUGGACAUGGACGUAGAAAUGGACGUGGACGUGGACGUGGACGUGGACAUGGACGUGGACGUGGACGUAGACAUGGACGUGGACAUGGACGUUGACGUGGACGUGGACGUGGACGUGGACGUGGACGUAGAAAUGGAGGUGGACGUGGACGUGGACCUGGACGUUGACGUGGACGUGGACCUGGACUUGACGACGUGGACGUGGACGUGGAUGGACGUGGACGUGGACGUGGACGUGGACGUGGACGUGGUCGUGGACGUGGACGUGGACGUGGACGUGGACGUGGACCUGGACGUUGACGUGGACGUGGACGUGGACGUGGACGUGGAGGACAUGGACGUGGACGUGGACGUGGAGGACAUGGACGUGGACGUGGACGUGGACGUGGACGUGGACGUGGAAAUGGACGUGGACGUGGACGUGGACGUGGACGUGGACGUGGACGUGGACGAGGAGGAGGACGUGGACGUGGACGUGGACGUGGACGUGGAUGUGGACCUGGACGUUGACGUGGACGUGGACCUGGACGUUGACGUGCGCGUGGACGUGGACGUGGACGUGGAGGACGUGGACGUGGACGUGGACAUGGACGUGGACGUGGACGUGGACGUGGACGUGGACCUGGACGUGGACGUGGACGUGGACGUGGACGUGGACCUGGACGUUGACGUGCACGUGGACGUGGACCUGGACGUGGACGUGGACGUGGAGGACAUGGACGUGGACGUGGACGUGGACGUGGACGAGGACGAGGACGUGGACGUGGACGUGGACGUGGACGUGGACGUGGAGGACGUGGACGAGGACGUGGACGUGGACGUGGACGUGGACGUGGACGUGGACGUGGACGUGGACCUGGACCUGGACGUUGACGUGCACGUGGACGUGGACGUGGACGUGGAGGACAUGGACGUGGACGUGGACGUGGACGUUGACGUGGACGUGGACGUGGACAUGGACGUGGACGUGGACGUGGACGUGGACGUGGACGUGGACAUGGACGUGGACCUGGACGUGGACGUGGACGUGGACGUGGACCUGGACCUGGACCUGGACGUUGACGUGCACGUAGACGUGGACGUGGACGUGGACGUGGACGUGGACGUGGAGGACAUGGACGUGGACGUGGACGUUGACGUGGACGUGGACGUGGACGUGGACGAGGAGGAGGACAAGGACGUGGACGUGGACGUGGACAUGGACGUACACGUGAACGUGGACGUGGACGUGGACAUGGACGUGGACGUGGACGUGGACGUGGACAUGGUCGUGGACGUGGACGUGGACGUGGACAUGGACGUGGACGUGGACGUGGAGGUGGACGUGGACGUGGUCCUGGACGUGGACGUGGACGUGGACGUGGACGUGGACAUGGACGUGGACGUGGACGUGGACAUGGACGUGGACGUUGACAUGGACGUGGACAUGGACAUGGUCGUGGACAUGGACAUGGUCGUGGACGUGGACGUAGACAUGGACAUGGUCGUGGACAUGGACAUGGACGUGGACAUGGACAUGGUCGUGGACAUGGACAUGGUCGUGGACGUGGACGUGGACAUGGACAUGGUCGUGGACAUGGACAUGGUCGUGGACAUGGACAUGGACGUGGACAUGGACGUGGACAUGGACAUGGUCGUGGACGUGGACGUGGACGUGGACAUGGACGUUGACGUGGACAUGGACGUGGUCAUGGACGUGGACGUGGACGUGGACAUAGACGUGGACGUGGACGUGGACAUAGAUGUGGACGUGGACAUAGAUGUGGUCGUGGUCGUGGACGUGGACGUGGACGUGGUCAUGGACGUGGAUAUGGACGUGGACGUGGAGGACGUGGACGUGGAGGACGUGGAGGACGUGGACGUGGAGGACGUGGACGUGGAGGACGUGGACGUGGACGUGGACGUAGACGUGGUCGUGGACGUGGACGUUGACGUGGACGUGGACGUGGACGUGGUCGUGGACGUGGAGGACUUGGACGUUGACAUGGACGUGGACGUGGACGUGGACGUGGACGUGGACAUGGUCGUGGACGUGGACGUGGACGUGGACAUGGACGUGGAUGUGGACGUGGACGUGGAAGUGGACGUGGACGUGGACAUGGAUGUGGACGUGGACGUGGACGUGGACAUCGACGUGGAGCUUGCGUGGUCGAGGAGCGUGCCUGGUCCAUGGGCUUGCGUGAUCCAGGAGCUUGCCUGGAGCGUGCCUGAUCUAGGAGCUUGCUUGGACAAGGAGCUUGCCUGA